AUGAAAGAAUAUCUAUCUCAGUUUAUUGAUAUCUUUCACAGUUUAUACAUAUCUGUCUGUCUAUCUAUCUAUCUAUCUAUCUAUCUAUCUAUCUAUCUAUCUAUCUAUCUAUCUCAGUUUAUUGAUAUCUUCUACUUUAUUCAUAUCUAUCUAUCUAUCUAUCUAUCUAUCUAUCUAUCUAUCUAUCUAUCUCAGUUUAUUGAUAUCUUCUACUUUAUUCAUAUCUAUCUAUCUAUCUAUCUAUCUAUCUAUCUAUCUCAGUUUAUUCAUAUCUUUCACAGUUUAUUCAUAUCUAUCUAUCACAGUUUAUUCAUAUUAAUCUAUCACAGUUUAUUCAUAUCUAUCUAUCUAUCUAUCUAUCUAUCUAUCUAUCUAUCUCAGUUUAUUCAUAUCUUUCACAGUUUAUUCAUAUCUAUCUAUCUAUCUAUCUAUCUAUCUAUCUAUCUAUCUCAGUUUAUUGAUAUCUUCUACUUUAUUCAUAUCUAUCUAUCUAUCUAUCUAUCUAUCUAUCUAUCUAUCUAUCUAUCUAUCUAUCUAUCUAUCUCAGUUUAUUCAUAUCUUUCACAGUUUAUUCAUAUCUAUCUAUCACAGUUUAUUCAUAUUAAUCUAUCACAGUUUAUUCAUAUCUAUCUAUCUAUCUAUCUAUCUAUCUAUCUAUCUAUCUCGGUUUAUUCAUAUCUUUCACAGUUUAUUCAUAUCUAUCUAUCUAUCUAUCUAUCUAUCUAUCUAUCUAUCUAUCUAUCUAUCUAUCUAUCACAGUUUAUUCAUAUCUAUCACAGUUUAUUCAUAUCUAUCUAUCUAUCUAUCUAUCUAUCUAUCUAUCUAUCUAUCUAUCAGAGUUUAUUCAUAUCUAUCUAUCUAUCUAUCUAUCUAUCUAUCUAUCUAUCUGUCUAUCAGAGUUUAUUCAUAUCUAUCUAUCUAUCUAUCUCGAUUAAAAUUUACAGGUUUAUAUCUAUCUAUCUAUCUAUCUAUCUAUCUAUCUAA